AUGUCUGAUAAAACCUCAUCGUCCGUCGGCCCCAGGAGUUUCGAGACGAUUUCGGAGGAAGAUGGCGAGUCGCCUUGGGACAAACUAUUGGGUGAUGUGAAAGCUGCUGUACCUACUAUAAUUACUACGAAUCCGUCAACUGCUACUAUAUCUCCGAGUGGGGACGUUUCUCCGCCUCGCGUGGACCUGGAGUCAAGUCUUACACGAUCUAAGAGCCUUAACCAGCGUAGGAACAGCAGCGGUCUACUUGCCACCAUCCCUCGGCAGCUCAGGCUGUCCCUUCGCGGCGUCCGCAGUGAACCUUCCAGUGUCAAAGACGUGCCAACCGGUAGAAAUGAAAGUGCCCUUAACCUUCUUCUCAAAUAUCGUCAAGCCCGAUACGCAGCAAGACGCGUGAGAAAGCGCGUAAUUUUCAAGCACGGCGACUGCAAUGUCGUCCAAUGGAACGUGGCUAAGCGCAGGCGCCGAUACCUUCAGGACAUCUUCACGACCCUUGUGGAUGCACAGUGGCGCUGGACGCUACUUGUCUUCGCUCUUUCCUUCAUCCUGUCCUGGCUUCUUUUCGCUCUCAUAUGGUGGCUCAUCAUCUUCACCCACGGUGACUUGAACCCUCCCUCUAGUGCCAAUGAAACCUUCGUUCCCUGUCUCAAUAAUGUCAACUCAUUUACCGGCUGCUUUCUCUUCUCUGUGGAAACCCAGCACACCAUCGGAUACGGAUCAAGAACCACAAAUGAAGAAUGCCCUGAAGCGAUCUUCGUUAUGUGCCUACAGAGCAUCGUCGGUGUGUUCAUUCAAGCUUUUAUGGUGGGUCUAAUAUUCGCGAAGCUGGCUCGCGCCAAAAAGCGUAAUACAACUCUUCUCUUCUCGAGGAAUGCUGUCAUCUGCCUGAGAGAUGGCGAGUUUUGCCUUCUAUUUCGGGUCGGCGACAUACGCAAAUCGCAUAUUUUGGAAGCGCAUGUUCGAGCUCAGAUUAUUAGGAAAAAGAUCACCAGAGAGGGGGAACUGUUACCAUUUUACCAACAGGAGUUAAAGGUUGGAGCUGAUGGAGAAGAAGACAGACUGAUGUUCAUCUGGCCCAUGACAAUAGUUCAUAAGAUCAAUGAGAAAUCGCCGCUAUACAACCUAUCUGCCUCAGAUAUGUUAAGGGAGAGAUUUGAAAUCGUAGUUAUGUUAGAGGGUGUUAUUGAGUCAACUGGGAUGACAACUCAAGCGAGAAGCAGCUUUCUACCAUCAGAAAUUCUGUGGGGCCAUCGAUUUGAAACCAUGGUGUCUUUCAGAAAGGAUACUGGAGAAUAUGAGGUGGAUUAUACACGGUUCAAUAACACGUAUGAAGUGGACACGCCCCUCUGUUCCGCCAAGCAGCUCGAUGAACUCCGCGCCACCGUCUCCACUUCUCAGAAAUUAGAUCGUAUGCUCGGUACCAUUCCCAAGACGUUCUCCAAUGACACGUUAGACAUGAGCUCAGUGGAUUCCAUGUCCUUGGAUGAACACAUAGAGAUAAGGAUCCCAGAGUCCAGGGUGAGGGAAAAUAGGCUCAUGGCCCAGAACAACUUCGUGCAACACAUCAACGAGAGAAACAAGAAUUCGAGUCAUACGCAUUUGGCAGUUGAGAACGGCCACGAAGCUCUACCCAAAAACAAUUCCGCAGUAAUAGUUGGUGAGAGAUCGGAGAAGGAUGGUCACAUCCACAGGAGUCAUAGUCACGCUAGUAUGAAGAGAAUCCACGGUCUAGCCCCGAACGGCAUUGGCCAUAUGGCGAACGGCCAUGAUCACAGGGUUGAACAUAAAAUUAAAAAAUCGCCAAGCGACCACAACCUACCUGAUAAAACCUCAGUGAUCCCUAUUCUGGUGACGUCACCCGCGCCGGAGCCCGCUUGA